AUGGCAAGAUUUGAAGAAAUAUCAACAUGUAUUGUUCAGGCUUCAAGAUCUGCAGGUGUCAAAAAUUCACUAACUAGGAUAGAGUUAUCUCCAUGGGAUCUACGCCUUCUAUUAGUGGAUUACAACCAAAAAGGUCUUCUUUUCCACAAACCAAAAACUCAACAAGUAGGAGAGGAAGGUUUGCUCCAUCACCUUAAAACUUCACUUUCUCGCACACUAGAUUUCUUUCCCCCUCUUGCUGGUCGCCUUGGAAUUGAGAAAUUUGAGGACGAAACGGUCUGCUUUUUCAUUGAUUGCAAUAAUUUUGGAGCUCAAUUUACUCAUGCUAUUGUACAUGGCCUUUCUGUAAAUGAUAUUCUGGAGCCAAAAUACGUGCCUGAAAUUGUUUACUCCUUUUUCCCACUCAAUGGGAUUCUUGACUGUGAAGGAAUAUCCAAUCCUUUGCUUUGUGUUCAGGUAACUGAGCUCGAUGAUGGGUAUUUCAUUGGUUGUAGCAUGAAUCAUUGUGUAGCUGAUGGGACGUCGUUUUGGCAUUUCUUCAAUUCUUGGUGUGAAAUCUCAAGGGGAUCUGAUCAUCCAUCAAAACUUCCGAGUCUCGUGCGCGGGUUUGCUCCUGAUCAUCUUAACCUCCCUGUUAAAAUCCCUUCACUCCAGAAAGAGUUUUUUAAUGAAUUCAGCCGGCCUCUGUUGAAAGAAAGAGUAUUUAGUUUUAGUAAAGAAAACAUUGCUAAACUCAAAUCCAACGCCAAUGAUGAAAUUGGAAAAACAUCUAGUAUUUCUUCUCUACAAGCACUUCUGGUUCAUGUAUGGCGAUCUGCGAUACGCUGUCGUCGAAUUGAUGAUGCAAACCUAAAGAUUACUUUCAUAACACACGUGGGUGCAAGAAAUCGGCUAUGUCCGCCUUUGCCGGAAGGUUAUUUUGGGAAUGCUAUUCAUGGAGGCGUCUUAACGAGCACGCCAGAAGAGUUACUAAGCCAUGGACUAGGUUGGACUGCCCAGAAACUGAACCAAAUUAUAGCUAAACAAACUCAUGAAGAAACAAUGAAUUUCUAUGUAGAAUGGAUAAAAAGCCCUCUGAUUUUGAAGAAGGAUAAUUGGACUAACAUUUUUGUUGCUGGCAGCUCACCCCGGUUCAACGUGUAUGGAAAUGACUUUAGAUGGGGCAAACCGGUGGCCGUGAGAAGUGGAUUGGGAAACAAAUUUGAUGGGAAGUUGACCUUAUUUCCGGGGCUUGAGGAAGGGAGUAUCGACAUGGAGAUUUGCCUCUCACCCGACAUAUUGAGUGCUAUGGAGAAUGAUGUGGAAUUCAUGCAAUUUGUUACCUUAAAGUAG